AUGGCCUCCACAAAUCUUGCUCCUAGCACCGCGACGACCGUCCAGGACACGAUCUCUGCGAAACCGUCAACUUUUCAGCAUCCGCUCGAUCCUUUGACGCCUGAUGAGAUCAUCGCUGUUUCUCUUAGUGUUCGCCGUUACGCCGCCGCGAAGACGCAGGUUAAGGCUUUGAGGUUCAUCACAAAUACUCUCGUGCCACCGCCGAAGAAGGUGGUGCUUGCGUAUCUCGGGAUUCCUCUAAAUCCGGGAGAGAAGCCACAACCUCUCAGCGAGAUUGUGCGGAAGGCGGAAGUCGACUUCAUUGACGCUGUCACGGGCGAUGCGUACAACUCUCUCAUUGUGCUGAAGGACGCAGAGUGGGAAGUAGAGUCAAUAGAAAAGCUUCCCGAAGGAGUGCAACCGCAGAUCUCCGUGGAAGAGCUGCUGCUGUGCGAGAAUAUCAUACGCGAGGAUGCGCGCGUGCAGAAGCUCGCCGCCGAUGUCGGUAUCAAGCCUGAGCAGCUGUUCGCGGAUGGCUGGGCGAUCGGCUACGACGACCGAUUCCCCAAGAACCAGCGCAUCCAGCAGGCGCUGUUGUUCGCCCGAUCGUCCCAGCAUGAUAACCUGUAUGCCCACCCCAUAGACUUUAUACCAGUGAUAGACUCGAUCUCAAAAAAAGUUAUCCACAUCGAUUUCCCGCCGCGCUACCUUCCCAAGGCAUCCCCGAACUCGAUCUUCAAGAAGCAUGGCAUGGAUGUCGAGCUCUCCUGUGCAGGCACUGCCCCUCCCCCGCUCACCGAGGAUGCCGAGGCUGCCGCGGGCCGUGAGCGGAUACCUCCCCCCAGUGCGCCGUGCAAUUUCUUGCCCGACCUCAUUGCGGAAGAGCCUGGCAAGGAGUUCAAGGUCCGCGACGAUGUCAAGCCGCUCCACGUUGUGCAGCCCGAGGGUGUCAGCUUCAAGAUGGACGGACACGUGCUGGAGUGGCAAAAGUGGAAGAUGCACAUUGCCUUCCAUCAUCGCGAGGGCAUCGCGUUGUCGACGAUCACUUACAAUGACGAUGGGGAGGUGCGCCCUGUAUUCUACCGGCUCUCACUUGCCGAGAUGGUCGUGCCCUAUGGUGCGCCUGACCACCCACACCCGCGGAAACAUGCCUUCGAUACCGGUGAAUAUGGUAUGGGAACUAUGGCCAACGAGCUCGCGCUUGGCUGCGAUUGCCUCGGGCAGAUCCACUAUCUCCCUGGAACGUACGUCGCUCAUGAUGGUACGGCGGUCAUCGUCAAGAACGUCAUCUGCAUUCAUGAGGAGGACGCUGGACUGCUGUGGAAGCAUACGGACUUCCGUGUCGGCGGUCGCUCGCAUGCCGUCCGCAGCCGCAGACUGGUGGUCAGCAUGAUCUGCACGCUCGCCAAUUAUGAGUACAUCUUCAACUACCUCUUCUACCAAGACGGCAACAUCGAGCUCGAGGUGCGCCUGACAGGUAUCCUGCAAGUCUAUGUCACGCCAGACGACGAGCCGACCGCGUUCGGUGUGAAGCUCGCUAAGGGGAUCAAUGCGCACUUCCACCAGCACCUGUUCUCUGUUCGGGUGGACCCCAUGGUCGACGGACUGCACAACACCGUGGUCGAGACGGACAUCGUCCCGCUUCCGGACGCACCAACCGGCUCCGUGGCUAACCACGCGGGCAAUGCGUUCAUCACCCAGAGCAGCCCCGUCAAGGUGCAAAGCGAGGGCGGGCGCGAGAUCGGGUUUGCCACGGAUCGCCGCUGGGCGAUCACGAACCCAAAGCGCGUGCACCCCGCGUCGGGUAAGAACGUGGCGUACACUGUCACCGGGCUCCGUGGCGCGACGGCUCCGAUGAUGGCGCGCGAGGACAGCUGGGUCGCGAAGCGUUCGAUUUUCCCCAAGCGCCCGCUGUGGGUUGUAAAGGACAAGGAGGAUGCGAGGGGAUCGACGCGGAUGUGGCCGUCGGGUAAGUAUAUGCCGCAGACCAGAGAUGAGCCAGAGAACUCGUUGGCGAAGUGGGUGCAGGGCGAGGAAAGCCUUGUCGAAGAGGACCUCGUGCUGUUCCUCACCGUGGGUAUCACGCACAUCCCGAGACCAGAGGAUUGGCCCGUCAUGCCCGUUGAGCACAUCCGUUUACUCUUCAGGCCGACAAAUUUCUUCACGGUGAAUCCCGGUUUGGAUGUACCCGGGGCAAAUGACAAGCGCAGUGUGGCGGCGUUCUCCUCCGAAGGAAACGGUCAGAAUGGUCAUGCCUGCCAUUGCUGA